GUAUGCGAGUGCUUUCUUUUUUUAAUCCUUAGGGUGUUGGGGACUUUAUGACAUACAUGAUGAUUCAUCAAUAUGUAUGUGUAUGUCAGCCAUGAUGAAAUUGGUGCAAGUGCUCUCUGCUUGGAGGUAAGCGAGAACCUCAGGAUCGGAGUGAGAAAGGUCGCGAAGCCUGUAUUAGUUGUUGACCCUUAGGUUAGUUGUUGACCCUUAGGUGGUUGCUGGACAUCUCCAUUUUGUGCUUCGCCUUCUUUGUUGCUGGUGGAACCUUGACAACCGUGUCUGUGUCAUGUGUUGACGGUGCUGAUGAGACACUUGAGGAGAUGAAAAUGGUGAAAAAAUGGUUACAACGAAGGCCAAAUAGCUCAGAUAGUGACUUGUCACCGACGUCCACAAAGCCACAUUCAUUGGCAUAAUCUUUGCAAUAGCAUCAUUUAUUUAUCCAGUCGGUGUCUUCAGGGGUUGAUUUUGUAUUUGUCAAUUUGCAUUUACCCGGACAUGAAUCAUAGAAAUUCCAUGUUUCUUUAUAUGACAUAUUCAAGGUUGUCUUUAGUUAUGAGAGUUCAUAUGAGUUUGUCUCUUUCUACAUGUCUCUUAUACAGACCUACCUAUUCCACGGGUGUGCACUUUGUCCUACUUAACCCACUAUCCAAGAAAUUCAAGAUCCACCCUCUAUAUUAACUCUUGCCCUGUUUCUCUCUCUUGUUAUUAUUCUUUCUUCUUGAGUGACCGAUCUAGAAAGAGAAACAGAGACAAGAGAUGUCUGAUACCACUGGUGCCGCUGAUUCCACCACCAUCUCCCCAUACGUGGUAGAUGAAUGCCGAGGUGUCCUCCGAGUUUACAGUGAUGGUUCAAUCGUCCGGUCCAAUAAACCGAGCUUCAACGUCCCCGUGAAUGAUGACGGCUCGGUCUUAUGGAAAGAUGUGAUUUUCGACGCUGAGCACAACCUUCAGGUCCGGCUCUACAAGCCGGCUUCGCCUUCUUCUACCAAGCUGCUGCCAAUCUUCUACUAUAUCCAUGGUGGGGGCUUCUGCAUCGGCUCCCGAACAUGGCCCAACUGUCAAAACUACUGUUUUCGGUUGGCUUUGGAUCUUCAGGCCGUGGUCGUGGCGCCUGACUAUCGGCUAGCUCCGGAGAAUCGCCUUCCAGCGGCCAUCGAAGAUGGCUUCACGGCCAUGAAAUGGCUACAAGCCCAAGCUGUGUCCGAGGAGGCCGAUGCGUGGUUGACUGAGGUGGCUGAUUUUAGCCGCGUUUUUGUAUCCGGUGAUUCAGCUGGUGGUAAUAUUGCUCAUAAUUUGGCGGUCCGGCUCAGGGCUGGGUCGGCCGAGCUAGCUCCUGUUCGAGUGAGAGGUUAUGUUCUUUUGGCACCUUUCUUCGGAGGCGUUGUACGGUCAAGGUCGGAGGCUGAGGGACCAAAAGAAGCAUUCUUGAACUUGGAGCUCAUCGACAGGUUUUGGAGGCUAUCAAUAGCAGUUGGAGAGAGCACUGAUCACCCAUUUGUGAACCCCUUUGGACCGGCAAGCCAAAGUCUUGAAGAAGUUGAUCUGGAUCCGAUUCUGGUGGUGGUUGGCGGAAGUGAUCUACUCAAAGAUCGAGCUGAGGAUUAUGCAAAGAGGCUCAAAGGUUUGGGAAAGAAGAUCGAGUACAUUGAGUUUGAAGGAAAACAACAUGGCUUCUUUACCAUCGAUCCCAACUCUGAAGCCGCAAACCGGUUGAUGAUGAUCAUCAAACGAUUCACGAUGGACCACAACUCCUAGACCUACCUAGCUUUAUCAUGCCUUGUGUAUUUCAUUUCCUUCUCCUUUAUAUAUGCAAUAUAUAUGCGAAAGAAAAUUCUUUCAGAAAGAGGAGAAUAUCUUAAUAUGAUUAUACAAAUUUAUUUAUUUAUUUAAGUUAACUCGGGAUGUCCGGGAUGGCACGAA